CCUAGUAAACAAAACGACGUCGUGUAGCAGACUCGUGACCCCAAAGGUCUAUAGGGUUUUGGAGGGGCUUUUUUCUUUUUCAUCCAAUUUUUCAUUAUUUCUUUUUCUUAUCUUAAGCCUUCAUCUGCCGUCGAUUUCCUCCGGGUAAUUUCAGUUACUAUCUCCUUCUACUCUUCUAAUUGUUUUAGGUUUGCAAAUCAAAGAACAAAUUUAGGGCACUGAUGUUUGCUUAUUGGUUCUUUGGGUGCAGCUAAGAUUGUUCAAAAACUGAUGCGAAAAUGCACAAUCUUCGUCGCCUGAUAUCCCGUCUCUCAUCCACAAAGAAACCAAUAUCCCUUCGAAACGAACCAUUUCGAGCCAUUGGGUCACGUGCUUUUUGUGCAAACUCACGUGGUUCCAAUGAUCUGGGCUGGGACACUGCUUCCUCGUGGUCCAAUCGCUUGACCAAGGACCAUUUCGAUGGAACCAUGAAUCCCAAGGCGGGUGGUGGAGACGCCGACCAAUCUUCCCUGAUUUGGGAUCUUCAAAACGAAGCUGAUGCGUUGAAACAGUUGAAUGAUGAUAACAAGAAGUUCAAGGCUUUCGUGGAUGGAUGGGAACAGCGAAUGCAUGACAUGAGCGUGUUGUUGAAGCAAGUGCGUGAGCCUGGUGCCAGAGGGUCUUAUCUUAAAGACUCUGAAAAGGCUGAAAUGUACCGUUUGCAUAAACAGAACCCAGAGGUUUAUACUGUUGAGAAAUUGGCUAAGGAUUUUAGGGUCAUGAGACAGAGAGUGGAAGCUAUUCUUUGGCUUAAGCAAGAUGAGGAGGAAAUGGAGAAAAAGCUUGGUCAUCCUCUUGACGACUCUGUUGAGCGCCUUCUUGACACUUGCCCUGAAUUUUUUAAUUCCCAUGACCGGGAAUUCCAUGUAGCAUCCCUUCCAUACAAACCUGAGUUCAAGGUUAUGCCUGAGGGUUGGGAUGGCACGAUCAAGGAUCUAGAUGAAGUUCAUUAUGAGAUCUCCAAGAAAGAGGAUGAAAUGAUGUAUCAAGAAUUUGUUCAAAGGAUGAACUUUAACAAAAUGAAGAUAGCUGGCAAGGUAAAGCGCCACAAGUAUAGCAGGAGGCGCCCCUCCGAUGGUUGGAACUUCACAGUAGAGAAACUGGGACCAAAAGGAAAGCGUGGAGGUGGUGGCGGGUGGAAGUUUGUAAGUUUACCUGAUGGAUCAAGUCGACCACUCAAUGAAAUGGAGAAAAUGUAUGUAAGACGAGAGACACCACGCCACAGGCGUAGGAUUCUGCGAUGAUGUUAAAAGCCUUUGUUUUGCAUCGUAUACAGGUUGUGGUAUUUGUUGACAACGUGUGCCUGCAUGAUUUAGAGUCUGAGCUGUUAUCAUCUUUGUAUCCAACGGGAGUAGUAAAAGUUGUACUUUUUUUAUUGCUGACUUUGGACUAAAUUUGAUGGCAUAAGAAUAAUUACUUUUUUUGCGCAUUCUCCAUUCUUUCACCAAUAAAUAGUAUCAUUUUAUGUGCCUUGUGGGAUUACAAAGCAGUAUGGCCAAUCUCCCAUGGGAGCCAAUGAAAAAUGCUAUUUCCCUUGGGCUUGAAAUCGCAAAACAAUGAGGACCAUCUAUAAGCAGGCCAUGCCUAAAGGUAGAUUUGGCUAUUCUCAUGUUUAUUUAUUUCAUAUUUAACACAAUAUUAUUUUACAUGUUACUAUCAUUGCGC